GUAGAAUGACGUAAACAUGCUGCUGAGAGCUGUUGGGCAUGUUAUGUCACGUGUGGUCAACAAGCUAGGGUUCACACUGACCCGAACAACGGCAUGAACACGUUAGGUAACUCCAAACCAACCCUCCUUUACAAGUUCACGAGUACCGAGUGACGGACGAGAUAAGGAAAUGAGAAGAACAUAUGUAGAAAUAUAGUCGCCUGCGUGAGAGAGCAAGUAAGAGACUUAUCAUUGAAAAAUAUAAUCACCAGAGUACAUAUAUAUAAUUUCCAGACAGUGAGAAGUAAGUAUAUACAUAAUCGCGAAGCAGAGAAGUAUAUAUAUAUACCCUCCAGACUGACCCUAGCGCCACUCCUCUCGUACCGACUGUACAUAAAGCUUGUCAGCAAAUACUUCUACAAUGUGGACACUGUGUCUCGUAAAUAUUAUUAACACAAUGUUUAUGACCAGGAAGCGCGCCAUUGCUGUGUCCUAUCAACUCAUACCCAUGAACUUUCAAGUCAAGCUAUCUUAGGGACGUUGAUAGGUUGAUGUCAGGACAGGCAGUGGACGCCUUUGCUAGAGUGAGACUAGGGAAGAACACACUUGGCAAAUAAGUUAAAAGAAACCCUCGUCUCUUCUUUGGGCAACGAGAGAAAAGGACAAAGCGUGAGUUAUAUGUGGUUCUGAACCACUUCUACCUGUUGCCUACCUGCCUGUAGUUCUGUGAUCAUGGUCAGUAAAUGAUGUCUGAUCCGUGAGUUCACCUGCCGGGUAGCUGUAGCCUGUUCAUCAUGUCUCGUCAAAGUAAGCACGACACAGUCAGCCCCAGACGACCAGACAAACACUACACUCUCUUCUCAUGGAGUGAGUUACAGUCGUUCACUCCGAGAGAAAUAUUCAACGGCGCCUUAGGGGAGCUUCCUUUGCUUUUGGGUAUAUCCUUGGGAUUCUACGGGGUACAGACAGACCCACGAAAAGCACAUCUUCGAUAUUUCGAGUCAGGAAUGCUGCUGUUCGCCUUCCAGAGGGCGGCACAGAGGCGAGUGCUGCUACAUGACUCCUAUGGCAGGACACUGAGCCUACCCCUCAGCUCUCCUCUCGCCUUUACAGUCAAAGGCAGGGAGAAGGAGAGGACCAUGACACUCGCACAAAUAGUCCACACGAUGCCUCUGCCAGUGGCUGUCAACUUUGCCCAGAAGGACAACCUCCAGUUCUUUGUCAAAGGAACUGUCAACCACCGCUUCUUCGGAAGACUAACGGUGGUGUCGCUGUACCAGGAGCCUUUCCUCUGCUGCCUGCCUAUAGGGUACCAAGAUGGAAAACCAGAAGAACAGGUUGUACCUUUGCCGUGUCGGCUGAACAAAAUAGGUUUGUCAGUGGUGACCAGCAUGGCGGGGCACAGAAAUCCACGAGAAAAACUGGCUGAGCUCGUCAGGUACUAUAUGGCGGCCACACACAGACUGGACACGAGCAUCGACCCCUUCUAUAAAGAAAUGGCGUUGAUCAGCAAAGACGUAGCGAUCGCAAACGAAGCUGACAUCCCUGACUACAUCGACGAGGACAGCUUCAUCAUCAUCACGACCAAGCAGCCAACUCGAGUCCCUCCUACGUAUCUUUCGCCGACACUAGAGGACAGGAGUUCGAAUCCGCUGUAUGACUCCACCAACCCUUCGUACAGCAGGUGUUACGAGGCGCUCAGUCAAAGGCCACCCCGUGGCCACAAGCGGUUGGCCGGUUCAUCUGGUUCAGAAGACCCAGGCCUCAGUGAGUCGCUUUCUGCACUUCGACUGGGGAGGCUCUCAGUUGAACCUCCACCCCCACCUCCGUGCCGCAAGGAGCAAAGGUCAGCGUUAACCAUGACGUCACCAGAGGUCACAGACUCGGGUCUCACAGAAGAGAAUGAGUACACGUACCUCGACUUCGUGGGCCAGACCUCAGGAUCGACUGAUGUGGAUUGCUUGAAUGUCGACGAGUUGUCCAUCAAAGAGGUUUCGGUCUGUCUAAAGGACUUGGGACUGGACCAGCAUUGCGAAACAUUCCAGAAGUUGCGCAUAGAUGGGAAACUGCUGACGAAACUGGACCGCGAAGUGCUUAAAGAUGAGCUGAAGAUCAGCGAGCUGGACAUCGUGAAACUAAUGAUGUUUAUCACUGAAGGACACAUUCCUCGCUGACGAUGUUUAUCACUGAAGGCUACGUUCCUCCCAAGAACUGCACUCGUACCUUAAAAACUGCUGCUGGUUGGUCACUGUUCAAGCAUAAGCCAGUAGUUGCCAACGGAAACCUCUGACUGUGAUGACCAACGUUUAAUAACGUACAGACGUGACUGUCUAUGGAGACAGACGAAGGUGUAGCUUGCAGACCCACAAGACACAGAUGUCACAUGCUGGACAAACAUCUGGUAGGUGCGACCAUCACAACCACAACAAUAUUGACCCACUGACAGAUUUUGUUGUUGCUGGCAAGAUAAGCGCCGCGACACGGUCUAUGAAAUUUCAUAGAAUCGUGAAAAAAACUAAUAGUUAAUGUUUUAAGUACUUUGCAUUUACUGUUUAGGAGGUUUUCUUCAUGUUAUAUGGUCGGAGUGUUGGCCCAGAUAAGGCUCACAGAGGCCAAGUACAUUGGUAGUGUGAAGCAAAGCAGUAUGUCAGGAACGAGACAAUAAGUAACUUUGAAUGUCGUUGCUGUCAUGUUUAUCAAAAUUGUCAUCUCUACCAUCAUUGUCAACUAAAGAUAGGAAUAUUUAUUGAAUGUACAAAUUACAAUCCACAUGGAUUAAAAUAUUAAUGUGUU